AUGGUGCAGCACGAGAGACACUUAGGGAGUCCGUACACAGGUCAUAAAAAUGUCAUGAACAGGUUUGCAAAGGCCCACGUGACUCCCUCCCCGCCCAGCGAGGCUGUGCUACAGGUCUGCAUCCGUGAAGAAGGUGUGGUGACUCAAAGUGCCCUCAGGAAAGAGCAGGAGGCUGCUGUCCGCGGUGUCAUUCCCUUCUGGCCAUCAGCUGGCAUCGGCACCGAGAGGAGACUACCUUUACCAUCUGCGAGCUGGAAGAAGGACACUCCCAGUGAAUCAAAACCUGGAGGGAAAAGGCCCCGUUCAGACAGGUCUGCGCCGCCCAGCAGCAGCAGCUCGCCCGAACUCCCGAGGACGGCGCCGGACAGCGAGCAGACUUGGCGGGGGGGCGGGAGAGUGCCGCUGGCGAGGCUCCCGCUCCCCUUGGAAGAGGCCACCCCGGAGAGGCCGAGACGGGGCGCCCGGCAUCCGCGGAGGAGGGUCUACGUCGGCAACCAGGCGGCUCGCUGGGGUCUGGUGAAGGCUGAACUCGGCUGGCCGAGCGAUGAGGAGGUGGCCAGGGUGCUGCUGGACGUGUUUAUCGAGAAGCAGAUGCAUCAGCCGGGUCCCAGUCGCGCCGUCCAGGAGGCUGACCUCGACGAAGCGGCGGACGUCAAUCGCGAUUCAGCCAAAGAGGACAAUGGUCAAGCUGAGUUGGACAGUGUCCCGUCGCUGUCAGUGGGAUCAGAAUCGACUGUGACCUUGUCGCACCCCAGCAGUAUCGGCAGCAUCGAGGAUGAGACGGACAGCUCCCUGUUCAGCGGUGCAGGUUCUGCCUCUGACAGCAUCUCCAAACAUCCGGUCACAGCAAGCGGGAGGGCCGGGCGCCCGUCGUUCCCCCGAGCGAAAGCGGAACCCGCCGAGUGGGAGUCCGACAGCGAGGGCCGUGCGUUCAGUCACCGCGAUCCCGAAGGCAAGGAGGCGAAAAACACGGGGACAGACCUGGCUGUCCCGCCAGAGCCACGUGCCGAAGGCCCCGAGAGACAGCGACCUUCCGAUGGGGAUGUUAUCCGAAUCUGCAUCGGUGAGGACGGUGGGACAGCCUAUCCUGAAAUCAAAAUAGAGCGAGAGGACCCGUGCAGCCUUCCUUCGCCAGCGGCCUCAACGGGUUCAGACAGCACGGUGACCUUAUCACAUCCGAGCAGCGAUAUCAGUUUUGAGGAGGAUUGCUGCACUGAGGCAGACUUGGUAUCUGAGAGCGACACAGAGGCAGCGGUGACGAGGCGGAGAAAGCGGAUGGCUAGUCCGGCCAGGAAUUGCCGGUGCGAGCAGCGCGGGGCGCUUGACAUCGGAAAGGAGAUCGACCGCUGGAACUCACUCAAGCAAAGCCUGCGGCUGAAGAGCGAUGAAGAAAUGGCCAGGGCACUGCUGGAUGUGUAUACCAAGACCCACUCCAUUCCCCUCAGUCCAAUAACCACAAUUGCUACAAUGGUGAAGGAGGUGUGAGAGCAAGACAUUACAUCGAGUUGACAGCACUUUUGGAACAGCGAGGUGUUUGCAUCCAGGAAUCCCAGGCACCGGUGGAGCAGACACUGCACGCCCUGCCCCCAGGAUCACAGUCAGGAGCCAGCAGUUCACACCUUGGCAAGAGUACCACCGUGUGAGCCUGAGUCCGCCCUGACCAGAGCAUGCCCCUGCCACCUUCAGCAACUUGGGUUUGGUUGCUUGAGGGUGAACCAAGCCGAGAAUGUGCUUGAGCAGCUUUGAUCAAGAUGUGACAUAAUACAAUCAAACAAUGUAUUUAUUUAUAUAUAUAAUCUAUAUAAUAUAUCUGCCUGACGUAUGUUUUGUACAAUAUUUUUGUAAAGACUUUCUAUCGCAGAGGAACAAAGUAUCUCUAGUUUUUA